UUCGACUAUUCGUUCAGUAUCGUCUCGUCAGUCGUUUCACCGGGUUUAAAUCGCCGUGUGGUUUUAUAAGCAUUAAAAAUUCGCAUUUCUUUUUUCUUUUACACAGUGUGUUCACACUACAACUUUAACAAUUUUUUUUUUGAAAUUGUAUUAUCAUCGUAAAGAAAUUCUAUUGUGACUGGUUCAAGAAGAAAGAAAUUAAAAUAAUUUAUUAAUUAUUGAAAAAUUUUUUUAUUAUUUAAAAAAAUUAAUUAAAAAUAAAAAGGUUCUAAAAAAAAAAGUCAAAGAAAAAAAAAAAAGAAUUUCAGUCCGCGGUGUCGUCUACUAACACCAAUACAAAAGCUACAUAUAACGUUAAAUACUUGAAUUUAAGAUAUUUUAAUUUCCAAAGGAUUUAUUGUACAAAAUAAAAAUUAUUUAAAAAAAAAUGGCAUCCGGUGUAACCGUAUCAGACGUAUGUAAGACCACAUAUGAAGAAAUCAAAAAGGAUAAAAAACAUCGUUAUGUAAUUUUCUUCAUUCGUGAUGAAAAACAAAUUGAUGUAGAAACUGUUGGUGAACGUAAUGCUGAGUACGACGCUUUCUUAGAAGAUAUCCAAAAAUGUGGUCCAGGCGAAUGUCGGUAUGGCCUUUUUGAUUUCGAAUAUAUGCAUCAAUGUCAAGGUACAUCUGAAAGCUCUAAAAAACAAAAACUUUUCCUUAUGUCAUGGUGCCCAGAUACUGCUAGGGUUAAAAAGAAGAUGUUGUACUCCAGCUCUUUUGAUGCCUUGAAAAAAUCAUUGGUCGGUGUACAAAAGUAUAUUCAAGCCACCGAUUUAUCAGAAGCAUCUCGGGAAGCAGUUGAAGAGAAAUUACGUGCCACAGAUCGUCAAUAAAUUAUUCAAAGAAAAAAAAAAUAAAAUUAAAAUUAAAAAACACAAAAAAUAAUAAUUAAAAAAUAAAAAAAAGAAAAUUUAAAAUUCAGAAAUUUUUUUUUUCUAUUUAGGCGACUACUACGUUUUUUUUUUUUUCGCUGCGCACACUGCAACACACCACAAUCACCAAAAUAUUUAUUCGAUAACUUUUUUUUUAUUAUUAUUAUUAUUAUUUUUCUAAAACAAUUGAUAACUAUGUAAUGAUGUUUGUGCGUGUGUUUGUGUGAGCUUUAACGUAUGUAUGUGGUAUACAAAGAUAUUUUCUAUUCAGCAACAAAUUAAAAAAAAAAAAUUAAUAAAAUAAAAAAAAAAAUAUUAAAAAUUAAAAAAAAAAUAAAACUUUAAA